GGGACUACAAAGACCAGCAUGCAGCGCGGCACCGCGCAUGCGUGCUGUCGCGGGGCAGGCUGGGUGCUGGCUUGUCCUUGUCGAGCUGCGGGUCGGUUACUCAGGCAGAGGCCUCGCGUUGCACUAUGUUCACCGCUGCUGUCCGCUCUAUCGUCCGUCCUGACAGACUGCACCUGCUCCGGCAGGGGUUACUCAUCAGGUGCUAUGCCGAAGCGGCGACGUCCUCAGCUAACAAGAUGUCUUUUACAUUCGCCUCCCCCACCGAGGUGUUUUAUAAUGAAGCCAACGUGAAACAAGUUGAUGUUCCAACACUGACCGGAAGUUUUGGUAUUCUUCCUGCCCACGUACCCACGUUACAAGUGUUAAAACCAGGAAUCGUAACAGUGUAUGAUGAAGAAGGUGCACAGACAAAGUAUUUUGUGAGCAGUGGUUCUGUGACAGUGAAUGCAGACUCAUCUGUUCAGCUCCUGGCUGAAGAAGCUGCAGCUCUAGAUGAAUUAGACGUAACAGCUGCAAAGGCUAACCUGGACAAAGCCAAUGCUGAACUAUCGUCUGCAUCUGGUGAGAUAGAACGGGCAGAGGCCUUGAUUAGCAUAGAAGCUAAUGAAGCAAUCAUAAAAGCGCUGGAGUAACUUGACGAGACAAACUGUUUCAUGAAGCUGAUUGUUCGAUCUUCAUUUUGGAAGAAGGCAACACUCUGUACAGUUAAAUGGAUUGAAUUUAAAGAAAUAAAUAAAUAACAACCAAUCUGUUUUAUUAAAUUCUCCUGAAA